GCAGGACAGACAUUCUCGGGGACAACUUUGCCAGGCCAUGUGCUCGUCCCCCUUAGGAAGGAAGAGGGAGAAAUCCCUGCGGCUCGGUUUUGUUCCAAUGGUCUGCUCAGCGAGUGAUUCCCGUUUCCCCAAAGGCUGCCCCUCAUUAGCAUGAACGGGGGUGGGGGUGUGGAGAAGGGGUUGGGGGAGAGAAAGCAAGCAAAAGCCCAGGCUCACUUUUAGAGCCUGGGAACCCUGUCUGCAAAAAUGACAGCUAGAGCUUUCUGGCUCCUCUGUUUGAUCGUCGGAUCAUCCCCCGAAGCACCGGUGGCGGAGAGAAAAACCUCGCCGCCGCACAGCAGAAAGCCAGACUCCCGCGGCUUUCCGAGCGCGGAGGAGACACCGGGGCCCCGCGCGCAGCCGCUCCCUGAGGCCCCGCGGCGGCCGCGCGCGGCCGAGGACGCCCCCGCCGCCCGCCCCUGGCCUGACCCGCGGCGCCGGAAGCCCCCGCCGCUGGCCGACAACCAGGCCAGCUUCCGGGAGGCCGCACGCGCGCCCGCUGGCCCGCCGGGUCCGCGCCUGGCGCAAGCCGAGAACCGCGCGUCGCCGCGCCGCGGGCCCGCGCCGGAGGACGCCCCGCGACGCGCGCGCUCGCGGGCUCUGCGCUUCCCGGCCGCCCGGCUGCCCGCGCGCGCUGCCGAGGGCUCCGCUGGCCACGCCCAUCCCAACCGGCCGCGCGCCGCCGCGCUGUCUCUCAGCCCGGCGCCCGCGCCUGCGCCGCUGCCGCGCUUCACCAGCUUCGGCCUCGCCUCGCUGCAGAGGGACGCGGAGCCCGGCGCCGGCCCUGCGCGCGCCUGCUGAUCCGACCCAACAACUCGUAAUGCUCUUCUCCAACUGUUUUUCUUAAACAGCGGUGAACGGAUCGUGCACGACGUGGACGUGCUGGGCGCGGGCAUCCGGCUGGUGACUCUGCUGGUGGAUCGGGACGGGCUGUACAAGAUGAACUACCUGUAUCUCACCCUGACGGCUUCUUCUUCCGUGAGUCCACAUAAAGGCCCUGACUCUCCCAGCUGCAAUAAGCCACACUAUGAAUUAAUGUUCUGGUUAUUUUGUCCAGGCAGCAGGUAUAUUGUGAUGGGCCACAUCUACCAUAAGAGACGGCAGCUCCCUACAGCUCUGCUCCAGGUCCUGAGAGGCCGCCUCCGACCAGGGGAUGGACUGCUGAGGAGCAGCAGCAGCUAUGUGAAAAGGUUUAACCGAAAAAGGGAAGGGCAAAUUCAAGGUGCAAUUCAUACCCAAUGCAUUUGAAACAACCAUCCUGGCAUUUCUGGACCACAAGAGACUUGGACAUCAGCAACAAGACAUGAAAGGUCUAUCUUCAUGUAAUGGGUCCUCCUUUAGAAGAGAGGCCGCAGCUACUUUGUGAAUGACUUGCAUAGUUGCAACUGUAAUCUCGAAGGUGUCACUUUGUUAUUUACAAGAUCUUCUUAAAUGGGCUGCUCCUGAGCUCAGUGUAAAGGUUAUUUAACUGUAGUGCCAGUGAUUUACACAGCUCAGAGAAUUGACCUGUCCAGGUAACAGAUCACUGCUUCAUACGUUUUUAAAUUAUUUUAAUUUAAUAUUCUUUAGUAGAAAUAGUCCACAAAAACAUUUUCUUGAAUUUAAAUAUACAACUUUUAUAUCAUGUAUCAAACCAGAUUUUAUAUUCAAACUAUCACAUUUUAAAUUCUGUCCAGAACAGUAAGCGCACUAGUCAAAAGACAUCUAUGUUUGAAAUGUCAUUUAGAUCAAACACAAGGGUCAAAGCCCAGGCCAAGUAUUAAAGUUUUACACUUAAAGAGUACUAAAGGGCCAGUGUGCACAUGGGUAGAUUAAAAAAAUAAAUAAAAAAUAGUGCUAAAGGGCUUACUUCAGGCAAAAGUGUUCCUGAUGUACCAAAAAAUAAGAUAUAGUUUAUUUUCAUGCCUCCCUGCUCCUGAUAAUGUAUGUUUUGUGCUGAACUGGCAGCUAUCCCAAUGUGAAAUGUAUUCUGGAUGUAUCUGAUGUCAUUUUUCUCUUAAGACCAAGUAUAAUGUUUGUUUGUAAAGCAGUAAAUCUUGCCUUGAAAUCAGA